CCGUCCCGCAGCCGAGCAGCACCGGCCCCUCCGCCGCCACCGGCCCGGCUCGGCCCCAUCGGCCCCGGUCCCGCCCGGUCCGGCCCGGCUCAGCCCGGAGCCCCUCGGUGCCUCCCGGUGCGUCCCGGUGGCUCCCGGUGCUUCCCGGUACUGCCCGGAGGGAGCCGCCGAGGCUGUGCCCGGUUGUCCCGGCGCUGUCCCGGGGCUGUCCCGGCGGUGCCGGUGGGGCCCGCUCCGGUCCGGAUGGUGCUGCCCGGGCCCCGAGCCGCGCCGUGAGCCCGGAGCGCUCCGCAUGGAGCCCCGCGGGAUGCCCGGGGCGCCCGUGCUCCUGCUCGGCUUCCUGCUCGCCGUGACCGGCGGUGGCCGCGUGGAGGUGCCGCGCAGCGUCACGGCGGUGCUGGGCCAGGACGUGGUGCUGCCGUGCCGGUACCGGGCGCAGGAGCAGGAGCAGGUGGUGCAGGUGACGUGGCUGAAGCGCGGCGGUGGCAGCGGCGGUGGCGCGGCCGAGGUGGCCGUGCUGAACCCGCAGCACGGCGAGCACGUGCAGGAGCCCUUCGUGGGCCGCGUCCUGCGCCACGGGCACGGCGACCUCGGCGACGGCGCCAUCGUCCUGCGCAACGCCGUGCAGGGCGACGAGGGCGACUACGAGUGCCACCUGAUCACCUUCCCCAUGGGCAACUUCGAGGGGCGCCUCACGCUCAGGGUGCUCGUGCCACCGCUGCCCAUCCUGAACCCGGGCCCGCCGCUCGAGGAGGGCCAGGGCCGGACGCUGGCGGCCUCGUGCACGGCCGAGGGCAGCCCGGUGCCCUCGGUGCGCUGGGAGACCGAGGUGCGCGGCACCAACGCCACGCGGCGCUCGGCCCACGCGCGCUCCGCCUCCGUCACCAGCGAGUUCUUCCUGGUGCCCGGGCGCAGCAUGAACGGCAAGAGCCUCACCUGCGUGGUGGCGCACCCCGGCCUGCGCCACGAGAAGAGGAUCACGCACACGCUCAGCGUCGCCUACCUGUCGGAUGCGUCGGUGCUGGGCCACACGGCCGAGUGGCAGGAGGGGAUGGAGGGGGCGGCGCUGACCUGCCUGGGGGACGGCAACCCCCCCCCGACCUACAACUGGACACGGGUGGACGCGCAGCUGCCCGCGGGUGUCAGGGUCAAGGGGGACAUGCUGCUGUUCCAGCGGCCGCUGGCCGUGGCCGAUGCUGGUGACUACGUGUGCCGAGUGUCCAACCGUGUGGCCACCAAGGAGGCCCGGGCCAACGUCAGCAUCCGGGGACGCGCCACAGAGGACACGGUGCGCCGCGUGGACCUGGUGUCGGCCUCGGUGGUGGUGGUCGGGGUCAUCGCCGCCGUCCUGCUCUGCGUCCUCGUCAUCGUCGUGGUGGUCAUGACCCUGUACCACAAACGCAAGACGCAGCGCAUCUCCGAGAAGUACGAGGAGGAGCUGACGCUGACCCGGGAAAAUUCCAUCCGGAGGCUCCACUCCAGCCACAGCAGCGACCCCCGGGCACAGCUGGAGGAGACGCUGCAGCUGCGGACGGAGAGUCGCCAGGGCAGCCUGCGAGGGGACAGCCUGAGGGGGGACAGCCUGCGUGGCACCAGCAUCUGCUCCGCCAUGAGCGAGGAGCCCGAGGGCCGCAGCUACUCCACGCUCUCCACGGUGCGGGAGAUCGAGACGCAGACCGACGUCCCCGUGGUUGUCCCCGCUGUCCCCGCGGUGCCACCACUGCCAGCGCCCGGCGGGAAGGAGCCCAAGGAGGAGGAGGAGGAGGGUGGGGGCGGCGGGGGGGACCCCAUCAAGGCGGCCAUGACGCACUUUGUGCAGGAGAACGGGAUGCUGCAGGCCAAGCCCAGCUCCAACGGCAUCUACAUCAACGGCCGCGGCCACCUGGUGUGAGCCGGGCCCGGGGGGGACACCUGGGGACAUCUGGGGCACAGCCAGCCCCCUCUGUGCCCGCCCGGCUCUGUCCCCUCUGCUCCGGUCCCCGGGUGUCACCUCCCUGCUGGUGUGGGGACAAGGAUGGACUCUGGCCCCCAAGUGUCACCUCCCUGCUGGUGUGGGGACAAGGACAGUGCCCCAGAACUGUCACCUCCCUGCUGGUGUGGGGACAAGGAUGGACUCUGGCCCCCAAGUGUCACCUCCCUGCUGGUGUGGGGACAAGGACAGUGCCCCAGAACUGUCACCUCCCUGCUGGUGUGGGGUCAAGGACAGUGCCCCAGGACUGUGUCACCUCCCUGCUGGUGUGGGGACAAGGAUGGACUCUGGUCCCCAAGUGUCACCUCCCUGCUGCUGUGGGGCUGGGGACAAGGACAGUGCCCCAGAACUGGCUGCCGUCCCCGGGUGUCACCUCCCUGCUGGCACAUGGAGCUGGGGACACCACCAAGCCCCAGGACAUUCUCUGGUCCCCAAGUGCCACCACCUCCCUGCUUCAGAGAUGGACUCUGGUCCCCAAGUGCCACCUCCCUGCGGUCACAGCCUUGGGACACCACCAAGCCCAGGACAAGCUCCUGUCCCCAGGUGCCACCCAGCCAUGGGAACACUCGUGGUGACACCAGGGACCCCCGGACCGAGUGGGGCAGGAGCCCCCGUGUCCCCCCAAAGCCCCCCGGGGUGGUGGCACGGGGACAGCCGUGUCCCCUCCCCCAUGGUGUGGUGGCACUGGGGACAGCCGUGUCCCCUCCCCCGGGUGGGGGAGGGGCUGUACAGCCGUGUAUAGACCCUGUAAAUAAAGAACCCGCGGG